GAGGUCGAAAGACUCUCAGCAGAGAUCUGUUUGCUCCCGAUCCAACUGCACACCGGUGCCGGGCAGCGCUUGCCCCGAAGUCCCACACCGCCCUUCCCCCAGGUACCCUUCUCCACGGGCCGGGCUCCGGCUAGCAGCCGGGCAGCCAAGAGCAGGGCGGGAUGCUACAGCUCACUGCGCCCUGCGCACCGCCCUCCUCCCCCUGCGGCUGCAGCGGGGCAGGAGCUCGGCGCGGCCCGGCGGGGCGGACCAGGGCGGACCGGGGCGGACCGGGGCGCACCUGGGCCCCAGCCCGGCGGAGGCGGGCGCAACGGGGCGGAGGGAGCCCGUCCUCCCUCCCUCCCUCCCACCCACUCUCCCUCCCUCGUUCCCUCCCGUCCCUGCCCCCUCCCCCCUCAUCCCUCCCUCUGUGCGCGCCGGCGGCGGCGCCGCGGUCCCUCCGUCCCUCCGUCCCUCCCUCCCUCCAUCCGCGCCCGCGGAACCCCGCGCAGCGCCCGCAGGUAAGCGCCCCGCGGAGAGGAUGGGAUGGGACGGGACGGAGCGGGGGCGGGAGGUGUCCCGCCUGCGGGGAGCUGCCCGCUGCUCUCUCCCCGCGGGCUCUGUGUCUAUGGUGCCUCUUUCCCCUUCUUUUUUCGGCGGUUUCUUCAGUAUUUCGGACAGUGGUGCGAAGUUUGGCGGGUGCGCGGCAGGGUAA